GUUCUGUGGAAGUUCCCUGGUCUGGGGGACACGGGCAGCUCCUCUCCCACCUCCCCUCUGCAGGCACCUGCACUGGGUAAGGCACAAGGAGAAAUGUAAGAGUGCAGCUCUGGGAAUUCACCUCUCUGGCAGAAGUCCCGUGGACCUACCCCAGCACUGAGCCCUGUGAGCAGCGGGGAUGUUCAGCUACCUCCGGGAACGCUUCACCAGCCACCUCCGGGAGCGCAGCCGGCGCCGGGCCAGGCUCGUCUCCAAGGAUGGGAGGUGCAACAUCGAGUUUGGCAACGUGGAACAGUCCAGAUUUGUCUUCUUGAUCGACAUAUGGACAACCAUCCUGGACCUCAGGUGGAGGUACAAGAUGACCAUCUUCAUCUCGGCCUUCCUGGGCAGCUGGUUCCUGUUCGGGCUGCUCUGGUACGUCGUGGCCUACAUCCACAAAGACCUGCCUGAGUUCAACCCCUCCAUCAACCACACCCCCUGUGUGGAGAACAUCAAUGGCCUCACCUCAGCCUUCCUCUUCUCCCUGGAGACUCAGGUGACCAUAGGCUACGGCUUCAGGUGUGUCACAGAGCAGUGUGCCACUGCCAUCUUCCUGCUCAUCUUCCAGUCCAUCCUGGGAGUCAUCAUCAAUUCCUUCAUGUGUGGGGCCAUUCUGGCCAAGAUCUCCAGGUCCAAAAACCGGGCCAAGACCAUUACAUUCAGCAAGAACGCCGUCAUCAGCAAGCGUGGGGGGAAGCUGUGCCUCCUGAUCCGCGUGGCCAACCUCCGGAAGAGCCUGCUGAUCGGGAGCCACAUCUAUGGGAAGCUGUUGAAGACCACCAUCACCCCCGAGGGGGAGACCAUCAUCCUGGACCAGGUCAACAUCGAAUUCGUGGUGGAUGCUGGCAACGAGAAUCUCUUCUUCAUCUCGCCACUCACCAUUUACCACAUCAUAGACAAGAACAGCCCCUUCUUCCACAUGGCAGCAGAAACCCUCCUGCAGCAGGACUUUGAGCUGGUGGUGUUUUUGGAUGGCACCGUGGAGGCCACCAGUGCCACCUGCCAGGUGAGGACAUCCUAUAUCCCUGAGGAGGUGCUCUGGGGGUACCGCUUCGCUCCCAUGGUGUCCAAGACCAAAGAAGGGAAAUACAGAGUGGACUUCCAGAACUUCAGCAAGACAGUGGCCGUGGACACUCCCCACUGUGCCUUCUGUCUCACCAAUGAGAAGGAAGCCAAAGCCAAAGAGAAGAAAGGUUAUGACAAUCCUGGCUUUGUCUUGUCUGAAGUCAGUGAAACCAGCGACACAAAAAUGUAGUGCCAGGUAUUUGUGGGACUGAGUUUUCAGAGAGAAUUCAGUCUUGAGAAUUAAUAAAUAACUCAGUAAAACAAAACAGGAACACAGGUCUGGGUUUGCUCUAACCCAGCAUUUGUUUUCUCAAAAGCCUCCAAUCAAAGAGGAGCAGCAUACCAGUGAUCACUAUUUAACUACACUACUUAUAUUUCAUAGAAUUUAUAUUUUUAUAUCUAUGGGACAUUUAAUGAAGCUGCUAUGUUGGAAUGUCCAACUCACUGAAGUUUCCAGGGGCAUGCAAAGGUGUUAAAAAGUCUGAAAAGGUGGAAAGAAAUUUUAGGACAUAAAGAUACACAGCUGCUGGAAUGAGAACGUGAAAAGGAGAGACAGAAGGCAAAGCUAAAGAAACCUAAGGGACUUAGGAGCCAAAACCUCAAAAAAAAGUCUAUUUCUGGCUGUCAAAGUCCUCUAUGAAAACAGACUCUGGCUCUGCAUCUUGGGCACUUUUGAAUGUUCUGAAACAAUUCCUUCCCUCAUUCUUUGGGGCUGGUACAGCUGCAGGACAGAGCAGUAGAGGAUGGGACAAGUUUAGGAAAUAGAGAAGACAGAGCUUGGACCAAGCUGCUGCAUCUCCAACUCCAAAAUGUGACUUGUCCCCUCUGAAAGCCUUUGACUCCUUUCAGGGAAAAAGAUCCAAAUGGAAAGGAAAACUGAAAAACCAAGGAGAAGCAGAGCCACUCUGGGCCAAGAGGAAUUUGGCAGCUUAUUCCCAACUGUCCCAGCCCUCAGCUCUUCACUGCCCCAGGAGCUGCCUGGCUGGGGAAUAGGGAAACAUUUGAAGACCACUCUCCAGAAAGGUGGGGAGGUGGAGAACACGUUGAUUCAUUCACACCUGGCAGAAAGCGCUCCACUGGGAGGAGAGAGGAAAUUCCCAGCUCUGGAUGUAUCCUUCCAAAAAAUCCCCAAUGCAAACAGAGAUUAUCUUCCCCUUUGUAGCACGAAGGUCUUGUUCAAACAAAAACACAGCCCAGGAGCCUCCUACCAACAUUUUGGCUUCAGAUUUCGUUCCAAACUGUUCAUCUGCCCACAGCCAAACAUGCAUCCCUACAGGAAACAAGUCCUGCUCGGUGGGAACUGAGUCGUGCUGAACAUUUUCUGGGGAUGAUUUUUGACAUUGAAGCUUCAAAUGCAACAAGAAGUUUCAAUACUUUUUUAGUGAAUUUCUACUUUCUACUUCCUCGCAGGCAAUUUUUUCCCCUCAGUUCAUUCUGUUACUGAGAGUUCUAGUGGCAGACCAAAGAAUUUUUGGGAGCUCUUCCCAGUGAUGUAACUUGGCUCAUCAAUUUUCAAUGCUGUGGUAAAAUGGAAAUAGUGUUAAAAGCUGCUGGAUUAAGUGGUUCUAAAAGAAGGGGAGAACUCAGCAGGUCAGAUGAUGACUAGAGAAAGUUGUGCUCCAAAUGAGCAUGGUGUGAGUAUGGAAAUCAAACUCUGGGAACCAGGAGUGUUCAGGUCUCAGUCCCAGUGUGGUGUGAACUCCUCUCUUGGGUCAGAACAAAUCACUUUACUCUGCAUCUCCAAUUUACCAUCUGUAACCUGGGACAUAACCACUGACAUUGUACAGAGAACAACGUUAUGAACAGUUAUGUCACUAAAGCACUUUAAAGCCAAUGCUCAGCUGUGUCAAUCUUUCCUCAGUGCACCGCUGCCACACCCUUCUCCACUUCUGGGUGGAAAGGUCAGCACACCAAGUUCUGCUCUCAUCACACAUCAGAGCUACCAAAAGUGGCUGCACUAGGGCCAGAACUGUGAAUAGAGAAGCAGGAGUGAGACUUUUGAGGUAACUCACAGAUACUGUCAGAUAUUUUAAUUGUACUGCUUUUGCAACCUUGCAAACCAAGUGUGAAAAAUAUUUUACAGUCUCGGUCACCACAGCACCUGAACCUUCAGCCUUAGUGCCCCUCAGAUUAUCAGCUUGGAAGGACAGUUUUGAUCCCCCAAAACAAACAUCAAGAGAUCAGUGGCCAUGCACAGAAAUCUCAGAGGCAGCAGGGAAGGGAAAUGAUGUGUCCGGAGUCCCAGACUGGUCUGAACCAAAAGGCUGCUCCAUCCUUCCAGAGCUGCUGCUGCAUUUCCUCCUGAGGCUUCCUGUACAGUUCCCUGGGGGUAAUGUCCCCAGAAAGUGGCACUGUCAGUGCUCAAGGCUUGCAAGCUACACCUCUUACCCCUGGGAGAAGAGACGCAUGAAGAUGCCUUUAAUAGAAGCAGAAAAGUGUCCCCACUGGACAAGGGAAACCCACUCGGAAGGUCAAACCCAGCUGUGCAAUGAGGAGCCAGGGAAGAGUCCUGCUUUAAGCACUGGUUUGGGAUGUUAGUGCUGGUGGGGAAAAGAAAUGAAAUGCUCUGCAGUGCCUGUCCAAGGGGUGGUGCACACCCUCCGAAGCCUAGGGGGUCCUGAAACAAUGUACUUUUGAGGAAAGCCAUCUCAAAAUCCUAAACUUCAACGUUCUUCCCGACCCAGAGGUGGAACCUUUUGCCCUGUUUGCAGCAUGAGCAUGAGGAUGUGUUGUUCCAUUUCUAGAGGUACGAGGUGCUACCACAGCUCCUGAUCCCCGGCAGGGGUGGCUGCCUGGUGUUCCCUCUCUUGACAGCCACACCUGCCUUGGAACCUGCAACACAAGGAAACUGCAGCAGGGGAAGGGCGACUGUGUCCUUUCGCACAUUUUGGUGUUACUGGAGGGGAUCCAGGACCAGAGGAAAUUCAAGGGGAUGGAUCCAAAGCUGACAGGGCCAUGGCUGAGCUAUCAGGCUCCCUUAGAGCAGGAUCAUACUGGGAGCUGAGUGGGAAUCCCGGAGUGAGCCUCCCGCUGGUUGUCACCCCAGGAAGCCCUGGCAGCCCCGAAGCAGCAGCAGAUAGAGCUGAGGCAGAGCCCAGCAGCAGCACAACAAUGAGUGGAAUUUCCUCUGGCUGUCCAGGGAGAGCUGUUUGUCACCCGGCAGAUAAAGGCCGGGCCGGGAAGGAGGUUAUCGGGGACAGGCCACUCAGGACAGACUCCAGAGGAAAGCUAUUCUGGGGGCUGUCACCCCUGCUGCCAUUAAAAGAAAGUUCAGUUAAGAGGAUGAAAAUAAAUUUAAUCUUGCUGAGCAGAAGUGGCUGGAGGGAACCACAGAGCCGAUACUGGAAGACAAAGGCCGGGUUCCUCACCCCGCAAGGCUUUGCUUGUGCAGCUCUGCCCCAGCCUCGCAGGCCCCCUCUCCCUCCCGUCCUGCCUUAGGCCUUUCCACAGGCUGGGGCACACCGCGGAGGCCACAGCCUGGGCCAAACCCUGCGAAGGUCUGAGGAGAAAGUCCUGCCCCUUCAGGAGAGCAAUCAGACCCUUCCUGCUGGAUUAAGGCCUAAAGGAUUUCGCUGGGAAAGCCAAGCAGCCAGGCUUGGGAAUAAUGUGUCUGCACUAAACUUAAUUUAUCUUCUCAUUUCACAAACAACAUGUUUCUUCUACUGUAUUUAUUUUAAACAUUCAUUCAAGCUGUGCAUAAUAUUUCAAUCAUUUUGAAAUAGAUUUACCCUCCUGCUGGCAAAUGAAUAAGGCAUCCUGCUGACUGCUGGAGAAAGGGCCAUGAAUUAAAAUAACUGCUUUUGGUAAACUGA